AUGGAAGCCUCGAGACGAAUCCUUGUGGUGCUUGCAGCUGUUUUUGUAGCAGCAGAAUGUUUCAUACCGAGUUUCAAACGUGAAAGCGACCCGUUGCCACCCAAUCGCCAUGAAACGAGCUGUCAUAAUAAACUUGCUUCCUGUAUGGCACCCUUCCACGGUAACCCGCUUCUCAGUGAAGGCAACCAUAUCUUUAUCACCUUGAUAUUACAUACUGAUGAGAUUUGCUCAUUGUAUGAACAGGCUUCUAGCUGCAUUAGACCAUCAUUAGACGAAUGUGGACCAGGAUUACGCGCUGAAUUGGAACAGACAUUUUCUAUUGGAGAUUUUUUCUGCAGUGAGAGAGGGCGAUCCUUACUGCGAGAAGUGCGAAAGUCGGUGUGCUUGACAGACUCCUUGAAAGCCUAUGAGCUUCAGGCUGCCGUCGAGCUCUGCAUUGCUGAAUCGGCAAAUGGAGAAGGAGCUGCAAACCUUGAUCCCUGUCAGCAAAUCGUGCUCACACAACGCUGCCGAAUUCAAUCAACAACUCAACAGUGUGGAGAAGCAGCUGGUGUGUUUGUCAGCGAAAUCUACGACAGACUUGGUCCAAUGUUUUCUGAACUUCAGUGUCCCGAGGAGGGCUCGCACGAAUUCCUGAAGCGUGGAAUUGAACUGUUGAGGAAGAGAUUUAUCUAG